GUAUGUCUGGGCGCGGGAAGCAAGGAGGCAAAGCUCGCGCCAAGGCUAAGACCCGCUCCUCGCGAGCUGGGCUCCAAUUUCCCGUAGGGCGAGUGCACCGCCUGCUCCGCAAGGGCAACUACUCUGAGCGGGUAGGUGCCGGGGCCCCCGUGUACUUGGCGGCGGUGCUGGAGUAUCUGACGGCUGAGAUCCUGGAGCUGGCGGGCAACGCGGCCCGCGACAACAAGAAGACGCGUAUCAUCCCGCGCCACCUGCAGCUGGCCAUCCGCAACGACGAGGAGCUCAACAAGCUCCUAGGUCGCGUGACCAUCGCUCAGGGUGGCGUCCUGCCCAACAUCCAGGCUGUGCUGCUGCCUAAGAAGACCGAGAGCCACCACAAGGCCAAGGGCAAGUGAAACGUUUAGCAGGUCUUCAGUCUCCGUUCUGAAAAUCAAAGGCUCUUUUCAGAGCCACCCACUUUUUCCCGGAAAGCGCUGAAAUACUUCGCAAUGUGACAACCAAUUGGAUCACAGCGCGGGAACUAGGAAUCAGACUGAUCUGCACCUAUAAAUAAGGGGCCCCAGCUGAGAACCAAGAUAUACAGCGGGAAAAUUCGUGACCACCACCACCACCACCCGCCCUCCACCUGGGAAAAGGAAAGAAGAUUGAAUUAAAAUCAAAUGAGCAAAUUUAGAUGGAAAAGGUUUAUUGUCCUAUGGUACAAUUAUAUUAUUACCUUUACGUUAUCUUUUCUACUGGAAAGAGAUAAUAGUCAUCUCUAAUGGACAAAAAUCAUUGACAUUUUCAAUAUCCUAUAAAUUAGCAUCUAAAUUCAUAGACACUUCAGAUAUUAGACCCUAAUAAAUAGUUAAACAGAAACUCUUUCCCGUCGAAUAACUAAAAAACACUUGGGCAGGCUUUUUAGACUAUGUUCUCAUAUGACAACAAAACGAAAUUCAGUCGGUUCCUUUACCUUAAUUUGAUAUUUAUAUAUAUCUUAACAGAUUUCAGAGCUGUUCUGCAGUGACCAGAACCUUUCCUUUAUCCUCAGUGAGCCCAUGCCUGAUAAAGAGUAUGCUUUCCUGUCUGCAAUUUCCACCUUCCUGUAUGCUGCUUACCAAUGAUGAUUUGCCAUGACGUUGAGUGACAAGUGUUCAAUUUCCCGGGCCUAAAGAAAAAGGUGAAAAGAACCAGCACCUCUCCUAAAUCCCCCUUUAUUUCCAAUCAAGUCACAAUCACAUGAU